AAGUGAGAUGGGACCCUGCUCCUUUGGCCGACAAAGGAUUUCUUUUGUUGAUAGCCCAACUUGUUCUCUUUCGGCACAUGUGAGACUGAGACUUUAUGAUGCCAAGCCGAGCCAACUAUGAACUAUGUGGACUCGGCUCCAACUUGUGCUGGUUCUGUUCUUUGCCCAACUGUCGUCUUCUGACCGUUUGUGGCUGUCCUAUUCGUCAUUUGAGAGUCUUCUCGUUUACAACAAUUUUAAGAUGCUUCUCUGCCAUAUCACUAGUGGCCCUCACUAGCAACAAUGACAUUAUGACAUCCAACCUCAACCGUCCAUUCCGGUUCGAAGGAGUGAACUUCAAAUGGUGGAAGCAAAAGACGUUGUUCUUUCUUAUUGUCAAGAAAGUUGCCGACAAAUGUACCAGAGAUAAGCCGAUCAUCCCUUUAGAAGAACCAACUGAACAACAGAUAAAAGAAGCUGCUAACUGGGAGGAGAAAGAUUUUUUAUGUAAGAACUUUAUAUUAAAUAGUUUGACUGAUGAUUUUAUGACUAUUACCGCAUAAUGAAGAUAGUGAAGGAGGUAUGGG